GUGUUGGGGGGUAGAUGGCGCCCAAUUUGGACGUCCUGUUUUACCGGCGGAGUGUUUCUACGCGUUCGUUCUUAGCCGAUUUGACGAAAACCUUUUCAAUGGUUUUGCCGCUAAAGUUAGUAAAGCGGAGUUAUUUUCGUAGACUUUCUAAAACUUUUGUAUACCGAGUGUUGUGUAUGGAGAUAGACUAGGAUCAGGGGGUGGCGAUCGUGGUGUUGUGUGUGGCCGUUUUCGGCUGUGUCCACGUUUGAAUUUGCAAACUUGCUGCGAUUGGCUUUGUGGAUGGUUAUGUGCAAUGUGAUCACGUAAUGGCGGGUAAGGCGUUACAGUGGAAAUGUGUGGUUAACACCACUGGCCCCCAACCUCGGCCGAGACACGGACACCGGGCCGUCGCUAUCAAGGACUUGAUGGUGGUUUUCGGCGGCGGCAACGAAGGAAUCGUCGACGAACUCCAUGUUUAUAACACGGCAACCAACCAGUGGUUCGUGCCUAUGACCAAAGGCGACGUUCCUCCAGGAUGUGCAGCGUAUGGUUUCGUGGUGGAUGGGACUCGCCUUUUGGUCUUUGGUGGUAUGGUUGAGUAUGGAAAAUACAGCAACGAACUGUACGAGCUACAGGCAUCAAAAUGGGAAUGGCGUCGCCUAAAACCCAAACCUCCAAAAUCCGGCCCAGCCCCGUGUCCUCGUCUGGGCCACAGUUUUACUCUCGUAAAUAACAAAGUCUACUUAUUCGGUGGUUUAGCAAAUGAUAGUGCCGAUCCAAAAAAUAACGUGCCGAGAUACUUGAAUGAUUUAUACACGUUGGAUAUACGUACGUCUCCCGUACAGUGGGACAUUCCUAUAACUAGUGGUUCAUCGCCACCACCAAGAGAAUCUCAUACGGGUGUCGCUUAUAUCGAUAAGAAAAAUAACAAAUCGUUUUUGGUUAUUUAUGGCGGAAUGAGCGGUUGCCGAUUGGGUGAUUUGUGGUUUCUCGAAACGGAAACACGCACUUGGAGCAAACCCCAAAUAUCGGGAACGACGCCGUUACCACGGUCGUUGCAUACUUCGACCCUAAUCGGACACAGAAUGUUCGUUUUUGGCGGGUGGGUGCCGGUGGUCGCCGACGAUGUCAAAACCUCCACAAACGAAAAGGAAUGGAAGUGCACGAGCACCAUGGCCUGUCUUAAUUUAGAAACAAUGAGUUGGGAACAGUUGGAUAUUGACACCACGGAGGAAAACGUGCCAUGCGCUCGCGCCGGCCACUGCUCCGUCGGCGUGAACACGCGGCUUUAUAUCUGGUCGGGACGUGAUGGAUAUCGAAAAGCUUGGAAAAACCAGGUGUGUUGUAAAGACAUGUGGUAUUUGGAAGUGGACCGGCCAGCGCCUCCUAGCAGAGUCUCGCUCGUGAAAGCAGGAACUCAUUCGUUAGAAGUCAACUGGAAUGGGUCUCCGAGCGUUCAGAUGUAUAUUUUACAGAUACAAAAGUAUGAUUUGCCGACGCCUUCCCCUGCAACAAAUGCCGCGGCCAAAGCUAUACCUGCAAAUACCGCAGUCAAACAUGUGCCUGCAGUGCCUCCAUUAUUGGCAUCAGCUAAAACAACACCAGUGGCUAAAGCUACAACAGCCGUGACGCAGCCGAAACAAGUCGUCCAAACAAAUCAAAUAGGAAAUCCACCGAAAGCAACACAAAUUAAAGUUCGAAAUGCGGUGAAAAAUACAUCAGCAUGUGCUCCACUCUUAAUUGCACCUCCACAGAGUGCCAUGAAUACUGAUCCUACACAAGCUAGUACGUUGUCAGGCAUUCAGGCACUAGCUGCAGCAGCUGCUGCUACCCAAAAAAUAACUGUUGCCCCACAAACAACUCAAAUCAAAAUUGCGUCGCCGAAUGUGCGAGUCCAAGGCACAACGGGACCAAUUAUCAGACAGACAUCACAGGUCGCCGGCAAACCUUUGAUCGUUCAGAAAGGCAGCAGUAUUAUCCAGAAAAGUGGCGUUCAACAGCAAGUUGUGACACUCGUCAAGACCAGUACGGGUAUGACACUCGCGACGCUACCGAAAGCCGGAAAUAUCGUACAGAACAAAACGCCCCAACAACCCAAAAAUACCAUCGUUAAAAUCAUGCCGAGUAAUCCCUCGAGUAAAGUAUUAACGACAGUCAAGGCCAUACCGUCGAAUUUAUUACAAAUGAAUAAAGCCACCGGAAAAUUAAUGCUGUCGAAAAGUGCCGGACAAAUACCGACCAUAAAUAACCAACAAGUUAUCGUCGUCAGUUCGAGUAGCGGUAUUAGAACCAUGCAAUCCGUCACAAGUGCGCAAACCGUGCCCGUUGUCAAAUCAACAACCGUCAAUGUUCAACCCAUCGCGUCUUCGUCGGCCAUAACCGGACUACAAGGCGUCAAAAUAGGCAAACCGAUCACAUUGUCUAUGCCCAUGACCGUCGUCGGAUCGCCUAAGACGCUCACAAUCUCCAAAAACACCAAGCAAGUUAUGAUCGGGGGCAAGCCCGUGACCGUUCAGAUGGCGGGGGGUAACAAAGUGACUUUGAUGCAGCCCCAGCAAGGUUUGGGUAAAAUCGUACGUUUGCCGGUAACUUCAACAAUAGCAUCGUCGAACAACGCCGAACAACCGAAACUAGUUGUGGUUUCGCGGCCCAAACAACCAACGGCGACGAUAGCUUCAUCAUCAUUCGACGGUCCUGCGACGACAGACGUGGCAUUGGCUGCUUUGGCCGCCGAAGCGGGUCUUAUUGACCCUAAACCAGCCAAAGAGGCUUCAACGAGUGAUGAGGGAGAAGCGGCCCAACAAGAUUUAAUUAGACAAUUGGAGGGAGAUAAUGUGGAGGCUCCGGCAGCGACGGAGUCGCCAAGUGCAGAGGAAGCCACAAUUUUGUUUGAUAACAACGGGAUUAAUCAAAGUUUGGGUUUGAAAGGCGGAUCCGUGCGAAUGCCGCCGUACAAACCGUUCAAUUACAAGAUGGGCUUGCGAGGUGGGAGCAAAGAUUCCGUCGAAAUGCAUAAUCAAAGUAACGAAGAUGUAAAUACUGAUGAGAAUAUGACGGAGGCCACGUCGAUGAAUGGCACUGCGGCCGAAGGCGCGGAACAAAUGGAUGUAACCUCGGUGAAAGAGGAAAGUAUGGACGAACAAGAGGAAAAGUUCGAUCCGUCGACUCUCGACGGCGAGUUGGGUGCAAGUUUGAAUCAAGAAAUGGCCGGAUUUGCGGACCGGCAGGAUGGCGAAGAAGGGCCUCCUCUUCUCGACGAAGUGAAAAAAGAAGAUGGCGAUGCCUUAUCUGCCUUAGCCUCGGCCGCUUUAGACCACUCAAAAGAAAACAAGAAGACUGAUAAUACGAAUAAUGUACCAGAAACGAUUAAUAAGGAGCAGUGGCAUACGGUUGGAUUUAUCAAAGGGAACAGUUGUGACGUUUUGAGUUACUUCCUAUUGGACGAAUGGUCCGAUUUGACCGUCGAAAAUUUGCCAGACUUGGCCGGAUUUCAGCGAAUUUCGCUCGAACCGGGCACGGCUUACAAGUUCAGAGUUGCCGCCAUUAAUUCAGUCGGAGUUGGAGAUUGGAGCGAGGUGUCUGCCUUCAAGACGUGUCUGCCGGGCUUCCCGGGGGCGCCCUCUGCGAUAAAAAUCGCCAAAUCGGGCGAUGGGGCCCACCUGUCGUGGGAGCCCCCCAGUAGCAAUCAAGGUGAUAUCUUGGAGUAUUCCGUCUACCUUGCCGUUCGCGGAAAAGAUAAAGCCACGCCUCCGGCGCAACUGGCUUUCGUCCGCGUGUACUGUGGACCAAACAAUUCGUGCGUGGUUCCGAACUCGACCCUGGCGGCCGCCCAUUUGGACACCUCCACCAAGGCUGCGAUCAUUUUCCGAAUCGCGGCCAAGAACGACAAAGGUUACGGGCCCGCCACCCAAGUCAGGUGGUUGCAAGAUUCGCAAACUACGAAUAAAUCGACAAAGCGUUUGCAAGAUGACCGCCCGAUGUUUAGUAAGAAAAUGAAAUUUGAAAAAGAUGAGAAUUAAACGAAAGUUGUCUGCAAUGAUGUGACUAUCUUGAGACAAACUGCGGGGCUGGUAAUCAUCAAAUAUAUAUUUUCACUUUUUAUUUGAGUCCAUCAAGAGGCCCCUGAUUUGGUUAUUCCCGAUUUUUAAUUACUUUGACAAAAAAACAUUCUAAAAUGUAUUUAUUCAGAUGAAACUGUGUUAGUGACUUUAAGUCCUACUUUAUUUCUAAGUAGUUACAAAAAACAUUAUUUACAAUAAAUUAGUUUGUGUGAUAUCGGUCAUGAUAUCUUUUAGGAAAAAAUAAAGCAUUAACUGUAAAAGGUUGACUGUGUAAUACUUUCUUUCUCUAUUUUUUACUAUAAAUCUUCAGCUUUUUGAACAUGAAGAUCUUGUAUUAUUUGUAGAUUGUUAUAAGGUAAGGCUUAGGAAUUUGUUUAUUGAUGUUGUCCGUAGUACAAAUUUGUCAAUUACGGAUAUCACAAUAUAAGUUUGCACAUUCUGUUCCCAUUUUUAUUUUACUGCUGUAUUUGUUUUUUCAGUUUAUGUGAGAAGUUAACUUAUUGAGUUAUAUUUUUACAGAUGCAUUAUAACAAGUAGAUUAAAAAAUAGAACAGAAAAAAUUGUAAAUAUUUAUUGAUCAUUCAUUAAAAACAGUUCAUUUUGUUCCUGUUGUAUUUAUUUUUUCAAUAUAGUUUAUAUGUGCGAAAGUUGCAUGCGGCCACCGUCGACUUCAAAUCGUGGAACGGAGUGAGGUGUUUGACAAUGUUCAAUAAAUAUUCCCUUAAUGUAAAACAGAUUUUAAUGUAUAAUUUUUAAUUCAAGUUUUCUGUAACUAUUUUAUCUAUACUAUAUAGCAAUAUCAUGUUUCUUCAGUUUGUUACUAUUGUAAAAAAUUUAUAAUGCAAGAAUAAAUCAUUCUGUUAAUGA